CGUCAUAUAAUGUUUCAGCGGACGCCCCUCCCCCUGUCUCGUUUUUUCCCCUCACUCAACCUCCUCUCCUUUGACUCACGGAGGCGGCUCACCACUGGCGCACGGACCGUGGAGGAUACGGGCAGAAGAUGGCUGACUUAGCCGGGCACCGCGAGCCCUCGGCGGCAUCACCAGCGUCACACGGGCCGCUGAAGAGCUACAAGACACCCGCCGUCUGGCGACUGUAAACAGCUGCUGCUGCUGCUGCUGCCGCCUCUCUCUCUCGCCCCCUCCUUCUGCCCUCCUCACCGCAAAUAUUGACAGAAGUAUCACAGAGAAAACAUGGCAGAGAUGGAAAAAGAGGGCAGACCUCCGGAAAAUAAAAGAAGCAGAAAACCAGCGCACCCGGUGAAAAGGGAAAUAAAUGAAGAGAUGAAGAGUUUUGCCGAGAACACCAUGAAUGAGCUGCUGGGCUGGUACGGCUACGACAAGGUGGAGCUGAGAGACUCGGACAACCUGGACAUAGGGGAGACGCCACAGCACAUCUCUGUCCUCAAAGAAAACUCGUUGCCAAAAAUCCCAGCAUCAGCAGAGAACAACGAAGGCUCUCCGGAUCGAGCCAACAGCUCCCAGUCCUUGCCAGCCUCCAGGAACGGAGUCACAGAGCCCUCCACCACGCCGUCCACCUCCAAGCCCAGCACUAAGGAGCAUGGCAACCUGCCCAUCAUAGUCCCCAUGAUCCCCCCGCCACUGAUCAAGCCCCCUGCAGACGAAGACGCGUCCAACGUGCAGAUCAUGUGCGCCUGGUGCCAGAAGGUUGGCGUCAAACGCUAUUCUCUGAGCAUGGGGAGCGAGCUGAAGAGCUUCUGCAGUGAAAAGUGCUUUGCCGCCUGCCGCAGAGCCUACUUUAAGAGAAACAAGCUGGGAUAUGUAAGGAAUUAUGCCGCGAGAGACGACGAUGGCCUCGGUGGGAAAUUACCCCAGCACAGCUUUACUCAGGACUCGCCCAGGCUUGUCUUCAAGACAAACAGCGAUGUGCUUGUGUGUGACUGGUGUAAGCACAUCCGCCACACCAAGGAGUACUUGGACUUUGGUGCUGGUGAGAGGAGGCUGCAAUUCUGCAGUGCCAAAUGCCUGAACCAAUAUAAGAUGGACAUUUUCUACAAGGAGACCCAAGCUGCCCUUCCUGGAGCACUGUGCAACCCAGGACACGGGCCUGGUGGAGAGGGUAAGCCAGAGUGCAGUGGAGGGGUACAGCUGCUCACCCCUGAAUCCUGGGGAACGCCGCUAACGGACCUUCGACGUAAAGCCCCAUCACCAGGGGGGCCUUCCGCCACCUCCGCUUUGGCCCCUUCCACAUCUUCAGCCACCUCACCCUCAGACGCCGGUGCUGUCUGCUCACCGUCCUCCUCCUCUUCAGCUAAAAUUCCCACACCCAGACCGCACGAGAGCCCCACACUUCCUCCUCCACCUGUUCCCACUUUGCACCCACCAGUUGGGGUUCCUUCUGGUAGCCCUCCCAUGGUGAUGACACCCCGGGGACCCAUGCCCUUACCUUUGUUCAUGGAGCAUCAAAUGAUGCAGCAGAUGCGUCCCCCAUUUCUUCGUCCCUCUGCCCACCCUGCAGGACCCAACAGUCCGCUGUCAAACCCUAUGAUCCCUGGUAUUGGUCCACCACCUCCCCCAAGGAGCCUAGGUCCAGCAUCAAGUCCCAUGCACAGGCCUUUGCUGUCUCCACAUGUCCACCACUCAUCUAAUCCCAACCCUGGCAUGAUGCCCCCACACCCUGGUCUCCCCAUGCCAGGCCUGCCCCAUUUCCCCCCAGUCAACAUGAUGCCCAAUGGACCCAUCCCCCUGCCCCCAAUGAUGAACUUUGGUAUGCCAUCCUUGGCUCCAUUGGUACCCCCACCAACUCUUUUGGUCCCUUACCCAGUCAUUGUGCCCUUGCCAGUUCCAAUCCCUAUUCCAAUCCCUAUCCCCUUCAACCCCAAAUCAUCCAGGGACCAACCCGAGAGCAGUGGCUCCGUCCGCAGUGCUCCAGAGUCGUCAGACACUUCAGCCUCUGGACUCCACUCUCCAGGUUUCUCAGGAGGUGAGAAAGGGGAGCAGAAGAUGGAGCCAGCCAGCAGAGAGCGUGUCUCUCCUGUACGCUCAGAAAGAAGCAGGACAGCGUUAGUGGACUUGACUGUGAAGGCAGAGGAUCAUUCAGGCAACCUUUGUCUAACCACUGGCUCUGGACCGAUGGAAGGAGUUAUUGAUCUCACUAUGGGCCAGAAGUCAUGCCAACAGCAGGUAAUUCAAAGGAUGCUACCUGGGGUCCAGGUCAAAAUAGAGGCAGAGGCUGAAUCAAGAUCUCCACCAGCAGCUGGGCUGGGGAGGGAAGGGAAGGGAAACCGUGAGGAUGGGGACGGGGUUCACCUCUCACAGAACCUCCUCAGCACUACAGAGUGGGAAGGGGUGGCACACCCUAACACACUGGAAGCAUCAACCCCACCUUCCAUCAACAACAGCCCCUCUAGCAAAGCAGAUCACCCAGUAAGCCAGCUAAGUAUCUCUAACCCUCCUGCACCCCACUUACCUAGUACAGUACGGACCCAGCCCCUACCCGGGCCCCAGCUUCAAACUAGCCCUGCUGCCCCAUGUAAUGUCAUAGUCAAUGGUACAGGAUGGCACUCACUUAUCAAUCCUGCAUUUGAGUCUUGCCCUGACCAAAGAGGUGAUGGGAUUAGAGGAGAAGCGGAGCCAGCGGAGCAGUCGACCAACGUUGAGCUGGAGCAUGAGGCACUGAAAGAGAACAAUUGCUCAGUGGGUGAAUGGGAGCCGGGGAGGCGAGUCUCGGCACAAGAUGACACACUGGACACGGUGGAGGGUAAGCCAGAUCCUGACUCCAACUUGGAGGAGGGUGAGCACGCCUAUGCCCUGCCACUUCUGUCAACCGGAGGCUGUGUAGUCAUCCAGCCAGUGCCAAAGCCCUCUGCUGACAAGACGGCAAUCCUGUCCUGCUCCAUCAGUGCACCGCUAUCAGCAGCCGGGAGUCCUGAGCUGGAGCCCCCGCUAAAGAGGAGAUGUCUGCGGAUUCGCAAUCAAAAUAAAUGAGAUGGAUGCUCUGAGGACGGCAGUGCCAUCAACGACACUCACUUGUCUACACCCCACCACCCCACCACCCCCACCGCCACUCCCAAAUCCCACCACUCCCAACUACACUACUCCACAUGUGCACACACACACCUUGUUCUCAUCCUCACCCAUCGUCCAGUCUACCAGCACCACAAAUCGCCUUCAACGACUGAUGAGAGUGCAAGCAAACACGAUAGUGGAGAGGACUUCUUUUGUCUGUGUGACAGACACUCUGAUGAACUGAACUUCAGUGGACUGGAUUUGGCCAGCAGGACAGCCUGACCUUAGAACUGAAGACAGUAUAUUCCUGCAACAGGAGGACUUAACCCUGCAGCUUCUCUCCUCAUUUAGAGACUCUCAGCCCACACUGCCCCUUUGGCUUUAUCCACCCUCCCUUAUCAAAGCAAGUACUCUCAGUAUUGUCUUUUACUAAUUAAUGCACCAUAGUCUCCAACAUUCAAAGCUGCUUCUUGGAAAUUAGUGAAAGAGCCCCAAAGAGAGAUUUCUAUGGUUCAGUUUAACCUGAUGCCACAAUGAAGGUACAAAAUUUCCAGUAAGUGUCAUUUAUUCUCUUGCUACUUGUCACUUAAGUGUUGACUGAUAUCACAAAGUUAAAACUCUAAAACCUCGAUGCCGGCAAAAAUAAAUCUUCUUUGCCUUUGCUUGUCUAGAACCAGCAAAAAUGUACAAUCUGACACUUAGUGUUCCGGGUGAUUCUCAUGGGUGACAUCUCAAAACAAGCAGAAUAAGCAUGAAUACAGUUGAUGCAAUAUGACUGAAUGGCAAUUUAGAAAGGUGGUUCAAUCAGAGGCUGGUAAGCUGUCCUUGGACACAAAAUCUUCUUUGGUUGUGUUGAGCGAUAUUAUUCCUACCAAAUCAGCAAACUGGAGAUAAUGUUAACUUUCACCAACAAGUAAUGGUGUGUGGGUGGAAUCACGCAGUCCCUGCCAUUUUCCUUUGGUGUCUAUUUGUUUGCUCUUAAACUUCACUCAGUUUAGGUAUAUUGUUACACAUGUAUGAGACAGAGUUAUGAUAAUCAUUCCUUGCAUUUCCAGAACCCUCUUCUGAACGCCGCCUGUGUGCUCGAACAGUAAGCCAUGUUAGAAACGGCAACACAGACCCCUGCUGUUUGAGAGCAUUUCAAGGCUUACUGCACCACGAAAGAACUGGGAUGGCAUGGCGAUGUGGAAACUCUGCCAGCAUGCAAUGGGUACUUGCUACCGCAGGCUAGUACUUAAUCUUUUCUAUAAUGCAUUACCAGCGAUGUUCCUGUCACGGGUUAGUUUGAGACUGCACUGAACUUAGAGGGGGCGGAGGGAAGCCAGCUCUUUCAUAAAUUAUUCUUGUGGGACCUAGAGGAAAACUGUUGAAGUAACAACAGAAAUAUUUCAACAAUAAACACAGUUGAGACAGAUUCAUUUUGGCAAUAAUUUGGAACACAUUGCUUCUUGCUUUUCCACUAAUCCUGCCAAGUUUUUUAUUUUUUUAUUUUUUUGCCAAUUCUUAAUAGUUUUAAGCUAAACUAUAUUUAAAGCCGGUGCUGUCCUUGACUCAGUGUCAUUCUGUACAGGCUUUUUGGGAAGUUCAAGUAAACGCAACACAACUGUCGCCCAUCCAGUUUGAUCUGAUCCAGUUACACCGUGGCUUAGUGAGCUGGGAUGCCGUCAAACAAAGGCAGCAUUUAGUUUACACUCCUAUGGAGGAGGUACAUUGUACCAGUGUGAGACAAGGUAUUAUCAUAUGCCAAAGGCCUCUGGUGUGUUGAAACAAAACAUGUCACCUCGUUUUCAGUGGAAAUGGAUUUUUAACUGAAGAUUUGACCAGAUAAUUUAUAGUUGCCAAAAUAACAAGCACUUAUUUAAAAAAAAAAAUAAUAAAAAAAAAAGAUACAGGAGAACAUAAGUGGAUGUCAAAGUCAGUAUUACUGUUAUCAUUCUUUUUGGUUUACCAAAUCCACAAAGACCCAUGAUACGCAUGUCAAAAUAAGUAGAAUAAAAUACAGCUUCGGUUUAAGGAGACAUCAUCAGUCUUACAUUACAUUAAAUGUAUACAUUUCUUUGCAAUGUCACCGCAUCUCUCUGUUUGUUGCCUUUGUUUUAUUUAAUUCUGUCAGAGUGAGACAUCGUGUGAUUCCCCCUGUGUCCAAAUGAGGCCAACAUUUACUCAUACACUGAUAACUCAUACACUCAUACAUACUUGUGUGACACGCGACGCACACAGUAAACGUGACUUUGUGAACGUGUUUAUGCGUGAGGCAGGUGCAAGCAGACAGUCCAGCUGAGAUUACAAAGUGUUGACUCAGAAUAAGCAGCACGCAACUCUAUCUGUUGCCUGUUAGUCAGGUAUUUAGGCUUAGCCUGCCGCUUGCCAGGGCCCAGCUUUGGUGUCACUUUAAGCAUUUCCUUGCCCCCACUUCAUUACUCUGCAACCAGAGGCAGCGAAGAUGCUGUUUUUAGGCUGCCUGCUUUUGUCUUGUCUGUUUUGCCUGCUGAAGUGGAUUUAGUUGAACUAUUUCUUUCUGUGAUUCUUCAUCAAAUAUCCAUUGCCAACAUUUGAUGUCAGGAAAAAUCUGAAUUAUUCUACUUUAAACGUUUUUGCUACUGAAAGCACAAAACCAGGGCAAAUGCAACCAAGAAUCUGGAUGCUGUAGAUGUUUCUGUGUUUCUUAAGAAUUAAGGCAGUCAAAACCAAGGCCGUGGGUGGGAUUUCAGGUCUCUAGCGCCACCUAGUGGACGACAAAAUAUCCCCUUGGUACUGGUAUAAUGUAAAUGGUAAGCUGUCCUUGUCAGGAAUUACAGUCAGCAGCUGCUCAGUCAUCCUAGUUUAGAAAGAACUUAUCUAACUUGGUGUAGGGAAGAUAGGUAUAGAAAAUUAUGUAUUUAUUUAUUUAUUUUACCUCUAAACACAUUUUCCAACUUUACACUAGGCUAAACGUUUUCUGACUCCAGAUUCAUCUUGUGUGGAAAAAUAUGAUUCUAAAAUGUCAAAUUAUUCUUUAAAAUUUACUCUUCGAAGAGCGAGUGCCACUUGUUCAGGCGAACUUUUCCCAACUUCUCUUCUCGUGCCAACAUCAGGCCAAAUUAAUCUCCCAGACUCCCCCAAGUCAUUCUGAUUGAGCAGGUCGAGAGGCUUUAUGGUGAUGAGGAACUAACCGCGAUCACUUGUUUUGUCUGCUUUUGUUCCUGCUUGACACACCUAACCCACACAUUCACACACACGCAGACCCUACAGCCACACGCCAGGUUAUGUCUGAGCCUAAUCUGCAGCACAAGCGGUAUACUGUCUGUGUCUGAGGCAGAAAUGAAGAUAUGAAAGCGUAACUCUCAUGUGGGAACUCUGGACCACUCAAUCAGUCUCUGUGACGGCAACCAGACUCGUGACAAAUCUCCAGCAUUCCUUUUUUGAUGACGGACUACAGGCCGGGUCAACAACCUGAAUUAUGCAAUGACAACCAACUCCAAACCCGAUAGAAACAAGUGGUCCACAGACAAAAACAAAACAUGAUAGGACUUCAUGUUACUUUUCAAAAACAACAGAGAAGUUGCCUUAACUCUUGCUUGUAUAAUCUCUACAGUUAAGACAAUGAUGCUCGCUUGUAAAGAAGACUCUCCCUUCUUUGUACAAAAUGAAAUAUACCAGAAACAACAACUUUGUUAUCUUGCUAGUGUCAAUGUAUAGAUGAUCAGCUCUUUCUGUAACUUGUAUGAACCGUCACAUUUUUGCUAAGAAGAAUAAAACCCUCCCCUCCAGCUUCCUUGUUCCUAAACAUCCAAUCUGUUCAACGUUUUAACUUGUGGUGGACUGUCAAUCUUUUUGUGUACAUUUUAUAUUAUUAUUUAUUGUUGACAAGUUUUGCAUUUGCAAAAAAAAAAUUUGAAAAAAAAAAAGUGAAGGUGGUUUGACCUGAGCAUUCGAUUCCAAUGUAAAUGCCUGGUGAACAGUGAAAUGCUUUUUUAAUUAUUAAACGGACAAAACAGUGAGGAGGUCUUUUUAUUAUGACGUUGUAACAUGUACAUAACAUGUGGCCAAAACUGCUUUGGAAAAAUAAUAAUUUUUUGUGUUGUAACGGUAUUUGUUUUAUUCAGUGAAUUGCCCAUGAAGACAAAUAAAUAAGAGGCACACACAACUCUUGUUUCAGAUGGGUCGUAUGUGUUCAAAUGCAUUUCUCUGUACGUGUGCAAAGAUCUUACACACACACCGGUAAAUAAAAACUACUGAUGUUCUUUCA